AUGGUUGAGCCAUUCCAUUCAGUGAGUUUGACAACUCAUCCUUGCUACACAUUCCAGCAACGUAUGGUUAACUGCCUUAAGACUGAGGAGAUGCCAACAAGAAUGUGCGUUCUUGAAACAGAAGAUUGGUACGAAUGUAAAGGCAGAAAGAAGCAUAGAGCUUUUCAUAAUUUCAUCUCAACUGAGCUCAAUAGACAUAAAAUAUACUCUCUACCAUCCUAUGAUCCUAACACUGACACUUUCAAGGACGGCCGUCUACCCAAAGACGUUGACACUUACUUCGGCAAAGGCAAGGACUAGCAAACCUACUAUUCUUGA